AUGUCGCGUUCAGCGUAUCAGAGAGAAUACCACAUCGCCGUGCUGGGCUCAGGCGGGGUAGGCAAGAGUUGCUUGACAAUGCAAUUCGUCCAGGGAGUGUUCGUAGAACGCUACGAUCCCACGAUCGAAGACUCGUACCGGAAACAUGUAGACGUAGACGGCAGAUCAGUAAUUCUGGAGAUAAUGGACACUGCCGGUACUGAGCAAUUCACGGCAAUGAGGGACAUGUACAUGCGCCUUGGCCAGGGGUUUCUAUUAGUGUUCAGCAUCACCUCAGCAUCCUCUCUGCGUGAACUGGUCGAACUGCGAGAACAAAUUGUGCGGACGAAAGGCGACCCCCAUUUCCCAAUGGUCCUUGUAGGGAACAAGUCCGAUCUUGAGGAGGAUCGAGCUGUAUCGAGAGCGAAGGCAUUUCAACUGUCACAGAGCUGGGGCAACAUACCGUACUAUGAGACAAGUGCACGGAAAGCUACGAACAUCAACGAGGUCUUUGUCGAUGUCUGCAGGCAGAUCAUUAGGAAAGAUCUCUCACGAGCACGACCUGAAGAGCUGGAGAGGCAUCAGAGGACUCGGCGGAAGCGACAUAGGCGCGAUGAUGAUCGCAGAGGCAGCGGUGGUGGUGGCGGGUCCAAGUGCGUUAUAUUAUGA